AUGGACAAAGUUAUUCUCUUCCUGUCACUCGUGACACUGGCUGGCGUCUCCUCUCAGUCAAUCACAGACAGCCAGAGAGUGUUCUCCAUCGCUGUGAGUCGAGUGCAACAUCUCCACCUGCUGGCCCAGAGACUCUUUUCGGACUUUGAGAGUUCUCUGCAGAACGAGGAUCAGCGUCAGCUCAACAAGAUCUUCCUGCAGGAUUUCUGCAACUCAGAUUACAUCAUCAGUCCCCUGGACAAGCACGAAACGCAACGAAGCUCGGUUCUGAAGCUGCUGUCUAUCUCCUAUCGAUUGGUGGAAUCGUGGGAAUUUCCUAGCCGUUCCCUCUCUGGUGGCUCUGCUCCCAGAAAUCAGGUUUCUUCAAAACUUUCUGAACUGAAGAUGGGAAUCCUCCUGCUAAUCAGGGCCAAUCAGGAUGCAGCUGAGAUGUUAGCUGACAGCUCCGCCCUGCAACUGCCGCCAUAUGGAAACUAUUAUCAAAGUGUGGCAGACGAUGAGUCCUUGAGACGAAUGUAUGAACUGCUGGCGUGCUUCAAGAAGGACAUGCACAAGGUGGAGACUUACCUGACGGUUGCCAAAUGUCGACUCUCACCAGAGGCCAACUGCACUUUGUAGACCUGCC